AUGGACGCACCAAAUCCCCCACCACUCCUCUCAUUACCCCCUGAACUUAUACAGCAAAUCCUCACAUUCGUCUCUCUUUCGGACCUUCUCUCCAUAUCCUUAGUGAACCGUGUCCUCUAUGAGCAUUCUCUACAAGACACUUUGUACAAACCCCUUGUACAGUCCCCCACCCAAGGUAUCACUCCCGCUAAGCCAGACGAGUUAACCUGGCGGGAGCUCUACAAAACCCAUCACCCAUACUGGUUCAUACCACGGAACAAGAUCUGGUUCGCAGACAAUGUCCAUACUGGAAAGCUCUUGAUUGCCAGAUACAACCACCGACUAAAUGCCAUCGAAGCCUUCGCCCUUGUUGCCGAGCGCCGUCAACCCACCUUUCCGAUAUGGGAUUGGCAUCCGGAAGUUAUCAUUCAUACAUUCGAUCCCAAACUCCAACUCGACUUGAAUGCACCUAUUCUCCGCCUCGAUUGCAAGGCUUAUGAGAAUGCGGUUGGAGACGUGGUUUAUCGCCUUCAAAAAGAAGUUCCUAUGAACGUGCACCAGGAUCAUCCAGAAUCACCGGCAGGCCACCACUCCCGCCUCAUACUCACGUCACCUUUGCCACCACACAAAACUUCUUCAUCUACUUCGGUGUGGCCACCACUCAUACUUCCUAGUGAAAACCGUACACGCACCAAUUCGGCGACCCAUUUCCGCGAUAUCUCAGAUCGCCCUUCUACCCUAUCCGAGCUUUCACCUUCAACAUUUAGAAUAAGAAAGUGGCUACAGUUCUCGUCACGCCGCCUUGGUCAUAACCAGCACAUUGGCGAGGAGAUCAUUACGUUCGCAACUUUGCCGGAGGAACUAUACACACCCACACCACAGAAGCCAUGGCAAGGAAUCUGGUGUGGGGAUUACGCAGGACAUGGGGUCGAAUUUCUGGUUGUCACACAACCUGAAGAACCAGAUUCCUUGCCUUUGCGGGCGGAUUGGGCUAUGCUUGAAAGAGAACGUCAGAGCAGCGUCAGUAGUGUGGAUUCUUGGAGCACAGCACAUACAAGCCACUCGUCAGGAGAAGCGGGACAUCAGAAUGACGCAGGACAUGUUUCAGUUACGGACCCAAACAUCGAGACCAGCUGGGGUACGGCUCAACCCCACGAAUACCCGCGAGAACAUGCCUCUUCAUCCGCGGCUACCACGUCUUGUAAUGAGGAUGACUCCAUAUACCGAGGGCGUAUUGAAGCUAUCAAACUCACCGGUGAUCCUAACAUUCCACGCGGUGAAUACACAUUCAUAGCACCUGACAUUGGGGCCAACGGCUUGGUCCGAAUUGCAACGGAAGACAUGUUUAAAGGAGCCAGAAUCGUGAAAAGCGUCGGCCACAUCGCGGCGAGGGGCUACCGGGAUGAUGACUUUAUACCAUCUCAGCUCAUUCUCAUCUCGCAUGACCGACUCGCGCAGUACUGGGAGGAGUUCGGACAUGUGUCGUUUUAUCAGCGGGUCAAUAUUGAUGAGUUCACAAAGGUGGAUUAA